UUUUUCUUUUUGAGACAGACCCAAACCCUACAACACACACUGGCCUGGACCUCACUAUAUCACUCAGGCAGACCUUGAACUUUCUGGUGGUUUUCCUGCCUCAGCCUCCUGAAUGCUGGGAUUAGAAGACGUCAUCCUCCAGUUUAACAGCUGUUUUCUAUUAUCUCUUAACAGCAGCUGGGCUGAAGGAAGCUUGUCCACAAUUCCUGGACAAGCACUAGCUGUAAGUGCACUUGUCAGGUUGCCCAGGAUUCUCCUUAGGUGAGAUGGCUUCUGUGUAGACUGGGGCCCAGGCAAUGCUCUCAAAGCUGAGGUGGGCCCAGCUGAAUGGCUUUGAAAAGCUACAGGGAUUGUUCUAAUGUCCUGCCAAGACCACAGUGCUAAAGGAACUUGAUUCAAAGCUCAGACAAAUAUGCAAGAAUUUAAGGCUUUUUGUACCUAAUACUGAACUGACUUUGUCUCAGCCUAAAACGCUGAGAGGUUUGUGCCCAGCUGAAUAGCCAUAGGAAGCCAUACAAGCUUACUGAGCAAGGGGCAUAAGGAGUUGGUCAGUACUAUAAGCUGUGUACCCCUUAUCGGAAAAACUUGGCAGGAAACAGAAGUAGGCAGAUCUCUGUGAGUUAAGAGGUAAGCCUGGUUUACAUAGUUUCAGGUAAGCCAGAGCUACAUAGUAACAUUCCCUUGUUUAAGAAUGGGGAAAUGGGAAGUAAAGAAACAGAAAUGGGACCGAAAAUGUUGAGGAUUUUGUAAUGUUUGCAUAUACAUAAUACAGUGUCUUGGGACUGUGACCCAAAUCUAAUGAAUCUGAUAUUAAUACUCACAGCUCAAAUGUAACUUUAUACAAUACCUUCCAUGAUAUUUCUCUUCUCCUUCCUCCUCCCCCUCCUCUCCUCCCUCCCUCUUUCUCUCAGGCCACUCUAGUCUGGGAUUCUCCUCAUCAUUUAACCCUUAUCUUUCAGGGCUGGGACUACAAGUGUGCGCUGUCAUCCCUCCGAUGCAGUUUUGUUUGACGGUGGACUUCUCCAGAGGAACAUCCUGUUAGCACGGACGAUGGUUUGAUUUUGGACUGUAGGUCUUCGAUUAGUGAUGCUCAACUGAUUAUAGCAGUGAUAGUGAAGGGUCCAGCUUUUUAGAGGUUAGGAAAUGUACUUUAAUUUUUAAGCUAGCAAAGAAAGGGGCCCUUUCCCUUAUGUACUCUUGACAUAUGCUUCUUCAGCACCUGAAGUCCACGAAUGUCUCAAGGGCAGGGAACUUGCAAGCCCCUGCUAAUGUCUGCUAAUGUCUGGUGGCUGACUAAAUUGGUGGAUACACCUCAGCAGACCCAUUUUGAAUUCAGGAGGGCUAGACCAUGACAUCCCCAGUUCCCCAACCAUUUCCUGAGAAGCCAAACGGGCUCUUUCUCUCGCCUUUAUUUAACCUUUCCACUAUUUAGCCCCAUCGGCCUGAUUCCAAAACCCAUCAACCCAGAUGACUUACAUCCUCAUCUCCCCACCAUGUCCUCCUCUGAUAUGACACACUGUCACUGGGCUUCCCGGCUUCGGCGCCAGGCUUCAAACCUGUCUUUAUCCAUUGUUCAGUUUCCUGUGAGUCAAGUUCAGCCAGGCUUCAUGCACUACAAUGAUGGUCACAAACACAAUCCCUUGCAGACACCUGGGAGGCAGCGCCGCCUGUCACCCACCACCAGAGCUAAACUGAAGGAACCGAGGGGCGUUCCCAUUCCAGCAGCUCUGGGUGGCGGGGUCGCCCGGGAGUCCCUCUGCCGGGGAGCGCCCGGCCCUCCGCGGGCGUGGCCGGUCUGGCCCGGCCCCUGGCCCGCCCUGGUCGCCUCGAGAGAGUCCCCGCCCGGCCACGGGCCGCCAACCGCGCUCUCUCCGUGUCUUCCCGGGCUCCGCUUGCACCGGACGAGCCCCACAGAGGGGGAUGCUACGCGCACCACCUCCCGGGGCAGUUGCACCUCUCUGCUCACUCCGGCGUCCCCAGCCGCGACACCCCGGGGAAGUUGUCUCGUGAGCCCGCCGCCCCCGGGUCUCCUCCUCCUGAGCCCCGCCCCCCGCCCAGCGCGGGGGACCGCACAGCCGCCCGGCCCGGGGGCGUCGCCGCUCGCUCUCCGGAGCCGGUGGAGCCCACGAAGCCAGCUCUGCUGGCGAGCGUCCGCUUCCCUGCAAGCAGCGCGCGUGGCUCGGCGGCCCGGAGACCCCUGCGCAACCCCGCCACGGCGCGCGCCCAAAGCGCGGGAGCCCGGAGCACCGGGCGCCUGGGACCCCGCGCAGCCGCUGGCCAGCCCGCGGGGCUCGGCAGGGAUGCGGGCUGUGCUGUGAGACCGGGCGCCAGGGCCAUGGCCGGCGCCCGCUGCCGGACCCUGUACCCCUUCUCCGGGGAGCGGCACAGCCAGGGGCUGCGCUUCUCUGCGGGCGAGCUGCUCACGCUGCUCCAGGUCCCGGACGGCGGCUGGUGGGAAGGCGAAAAGGACGACGGGCUCCGUGGCUGGUUCCCCGCCAGCUACGUGCAACUACUAGAGGGAGAAGGCAAACAGCCAUGUUUAUAGGCUGCACCCCAUGAGAGAAGGCUAACGGGAGUGGUUUGAAGGUCUCUGACAUCCCAGGAGCAGAAGCCUGGGAUGGUCCCCCCUCCGCCAGGAGAGGAGAGCCAGACGGUCAUCCUUCCACCCGGCUGGCACAGCUACUUGUCUCCUCAGGGCCGCCGUUACUAUGUCAACACGACUACCAAUGAGACCACCUGGGAACGUCCCAGCAGUUCUCCUGGGAUUUCAGCCAGCCCUGGCCCUCACAGGAGCUCUUUGCCUACAACAGAACCUGGGAUCCUCAUCGCCAGGCAGGAAACAGAGCAAGGAAAACACCAUCACCAUCAACUGUGUGACAUUCCCUCACCCGGACACGAUGCCUGAGCAACAGCUGCUCAAGCCCACCGAGUGGAGCUACUGUGACUACUUUUGGGCGGACAAGAAGGACCCACAAGGCAAUGGCACGGUGGCUGGCUUUGAACUGCUGCUGCAGAAGCAACUGAAAGGCAAGCAGAUGCAGAAGGAGAUGUCCGAGUUCAUCCGGGAAAGGAUAAAGAUUGAAGAAGAAUAUGCAAAGAACCUGGCUAAGCUCUCUCAGAACUCCUUGGCUGCCCAGGAGGAAGGCUCCUUGGGAGAGGCAUGGGCCCAAGUAAAGAAGAGCCUGGCAGAUGAGGCUGAAGUUCAUCUCAAGUUCUCUGCCAAGCUCCACAGCGAGGUGGAGAAACCCCUGAUGAACUUCAGAGAGAACUUCAAGAAAGACAUGAAAAAGUGCGACCACCACAUCGCUGACCUCCGUAAGCAGCUGGCAAGCCGCUAUGCCUCAGUGGAGAAGGCCCGCAAAGCCCUCACAGAGCGGCAGAAAGACCUGGAGAUGAAGACCCAGCAGCUGGAGAUCAAGUUGAGCAACAAGACCGAGGAGGACAUCAAGAAGGCACGGAGGAAGUCCACUCAGGCCGGAGAUGACCUCAUGCGCUGUGUGGACCUCUACAACCAGGCCCAGUCCAAGUGGUUUGAAGAGAUGGUGACGACCACACUGGAACUGGAGCGGCUGGAGGUGGAGAGGGUGGAAAUGAUCCGACAACAUCUGUGCCAGUACACACAGCUGCGGCACGAGACGGACAUGUUCAACCAAAGCACAGUCGAGCCUGUGGACCAACUGCUGCGAAAAGUGGACCCAGCCAAAGACAGAGAGCUAUGGGUCAGAGAGCACAAAACAGGCAACAUCCGCCCAGUGGACAUGGAGAUCUAGAAGUGACUGUAUGGUCCGGGGGGUUCCUGCUGAGGAGAGGGGCUGAGGGUCCCAUGGAGAAGGGGCUGUAUCUGCCCUAUUACCUGCUAACCUAUACACUGAGAAGGAAGAAAGGAGCCAGUGAUUCCAGGAGGAGGAGGGCCCGGCCAGGGACUCCCCAGUAUUUCCAGGCCAUAAUGGUGGACCCACAGCCCUGACUUCACCUAGAAGACUGAAGCCUCCCCCUCCAACUCCCAUGCUGUGCGUGUCCCUCUGAGAACCAACUGAGGCUAGAACCCUAGGGUCCCUGCUGAGUUCCACAGGGGUGGCCAUCACACACCUGUAUCCCUGGUAUCUAAGGCCUGUCCUCUAGUGCGAUUGUCAUCUCCAGGACUAUGAAAGAGGGAGGGUGGCGGUGUCUCUGUCUGCAAACAGUGUCAGGAUCAGAAUCAAGGACAGGAGGCAAAGUGAAGUUCACACCCAGCACCCACAACCUUUAUCAGUCCUCCCGACUCCCCACCCUUUUGCAUUCUGGGAGCCCACAUCUAUUUUUUACACCCCCCCCCACAAGAGGGGUGGAGUUUCUUCCCAACCCAAAUCUGGAGAGGUCAGAAUGGAACUACCUCAGUUGGCACAAACAGAUCAUGGCUCCUAUCAGUCUCAGAUUCCAGAUCUAGCAUUCCAGAUCUGAAUUUCAGAUUCAGAUCAGGCAUUGGCUGUAAAGUCUACCACGAAGUCCCAAUCUACCCUUCCCUCAACCUCUUUCUCAAGGAGGAAACUCCCCACCUCACCCUGACAACCCUUGAUGUUUCCCAAAGUCUUUAGACAGCUGUGUGCAUGUUCAAAGACUUCAGGGGUGGAGUCUCACAAAGUCUUGUUUGACACAUGCCCCCCCCCCCGCCCCUCAACACUGUCGCACCCUUGACCAGCACUCCUCUGUGCUGACUUCAGGCCCUGUGUGACAACAGUAAGAGCUGGGUUUUGUUAUUCUCUAGAAUGGCUCCAGCUGUGGGUGUGCACAAUGAGGGAGGAACUGCUUUCCCCCUUACUGUCAUUGGUCAGUGGAGCAGAUUCUCAUGGCUGUAGGUAGUUGCUACACAGGAAGCGAAGGAACUUUGGGGAGUCACAAGGUGAGUGGGUAGGGGGGUGAAGAAUUCUAGCUGGAAACUUGUACGGGGGUGAGGGGGGACAUUUUUUCUCAUCUUUCCCACAGAUGACUCUGUAUUUGACCUGUCUAUCUUCUCCAAGGGCAAAAAUCCUCUAAAUGCCACUCACAUCUUUCAGUCUCACAAUGCACAUCACGGAUAGCUUACUAAUCUUGGACCUUCUGGCAGCCCAUCCACAGAACCAUCUCUCAUGGUUGUUAGCAAGAUGCCUAACACACUCAAGCAAACUAAGCACUGUCACUUUCCUUUCUGAACCAUCUCAGCCAAAAAGGCCACCAUGAGGACAUCUCACCAACCUGUGCUCAGCAUGAACUGUGACAUCAGCCUUUGAUAGUAGGACAUUAUUUCUUGAUUUCCUUAUUAAAAGAAAAAAAUGGGUGCUAGUGGUAAUUUGCUUUGUGGCUUAGCAACCUAGUUUGUGAGUGAUGGUCAAGCUCCAAGUCUUGUCAUACACAGGGGGUUGGGUAUCACAGUGUAGCUCAUGACUUUGUUCCCUCACCCCACCCCCAAUCCAAAAGGUUCAGAGUCCCCCGAGAUGACACUUCCUCCAGCAUAACCCCAGUUGGCUGACGUGAGCCUAUUCCAUCUGAGGCCAUUCUCUCUUUGGUUCCUUUCUAAUCUAUCCACACAUGCCUUUCCCUUCUUUGAUCCCCUCCCUUCCAUUGUUCAUUCAUGAAGAGUUUUGUUAGAGACAAGCAAUCUGUAAUCCCUCACCUGAAGACCGCAGACUGCAGCUCUGUCAUGCGAGGAAGCGCUCAAGUGUCCUGUGCGAACCCCUCGCCUCUUCCUGAGAUAGACUUGGCUCUCCCUCUUGGAUACUCUGCCCAUUGAGUUCUCGGUGGUACCAGCUACAUGCCAGUUCCUGAGCAUCCUUUAUGUGCAUUUGCAUUCUCAGUGGUCCUGCCUGUAUGCUGGUUCACAUCCAUCUUUUCAUCUGCACACUCUUUUUCUCGGCGAAUGCUUGGAACUGGGUGCUGAGUGCUGGAACUAGCCUUGUGUCUAUGAGGGCACCCUUCAGCUCACUCCACCCCCCAGGUAGACAGGUGCAUUUUGACCCUUCUGGACAGAAGAAACAAUGUGUUUUCCACCCCACCCAAUGGGAUUGUUGAAGUAUUAACUGUGCUAAGAGAUCUUGACACAGCAGUAAGAUUCCAGUCUCCUUAUUACCAAACUCUCAACUCAUACGCAGCUUCAAUUUCCGAAAUGGCUUCAAAUAGGGAGGGUAAGAACAUGGAGGAGGGGGGUGCCAGGAAAUGAUACCCAGAACUAUGAUCGUGAUAGAGUCGAGUGUCCAACUACCUUCACAGCACCCAGUGAUCAAGGUGAUGACGGUUGAGAACCUGAAAGUGCAUACUGAGUUGAGUGUUCAGGCUGCUGUCCUUGGUCUCUCUGCAGUUCUGGGGACCCAACCAAGAGUCACGUGUCUAGGCCAGUGCUUUACCACUUAGCUAUACCCAGUCCUGUGUUACCUUGCUUUUGUGAACACGUCACUGCAUAGGUUCUGAGAGGACCUGGCUGGGUUUAUUUAAGAGUGGGAGAGCAUCCAUUGUCCAAACUGAGAGCAGCAACAGCCCUCUCUUCCUGCCCCCACCUAGGAGUGCCAAUACACUUAAGCUUUGUCUGCAAAACCCUGAUUUUUUUUUUAAAUCUAAAAUGAAUGACUUUCAAAAAUGGGUUGGUUACCAUGGCAACCUCCAGGAAGAGAUACUCGUUACCCUUCAUUAUUUUCUAGCACUUUUGAACAGUCCCACAGUGCACAGGCCAUUUGAAGGAUGUAGAUGGCAGCCCUGGGCUGUCUCUGCUAUGGGGUGACCUUUCUACCUCCACACAAGACCCUGUUGACUCAGGAGGAUCUCCGCAAUGGUUGAUUAAUAGCUGAAGCAAAGUAUCCAAAUUUGUGACAAGGGUUUGUGUGUAUCCCCUCCGUGAAAUCCAGCCAAUUAUCAGGGUAGAAGAUGGGUGCAUGAGAAUCUUGGCUCAGCCAAAGCCCCUUCAUGGAAAUACAAGCCAUAAAAUUCAAAAGGUGUCAAAAGACCUUGGCUUGUUUGGGGGUUUGUUCCCAUCCAUGAGUAGAGUUGACAAGAAGAAUUUAAACGGGAGUCUGAAGACCUGCUGUUACUAGAAAGUUAAGAAAGGCGCUUUACAGAUAUAAAGAAAGGGAACAUGACAGCUGCCUGAUGGCUUAGCCUGGAGACCUCCUCAUUGCCAAAGUUGUUCCCAUGCCACAAAGCAUCUCUCCACCCCCUUUUCAAGGAAUGCAGUUCUACAAACUGAUCUCCUUAACCACAACCAAGAUAGGCAUGUCACCAUGUCAAUUCCCCUUUUCUUAGCAACCAGUUCAAUGUUCUGCCCCUUCAAUCUUACCUUUUCCUACAAUGCCAUGUAAGUGGGGUCAGCCAUGAUGUCAUGUGUGUCAGUAGAGGGUCUCCUCUCCCUGCUGAGUAGUAUUCUAUCAUAUGGAUGGGCCUCGGGAUUUUCUUAGUUUUAAAACGAGUUGGUUUUUUUUUUUUUUUUUUUUUUUUUUUUUUUUUUUUUUUUUGCCCUGGAACUCAUAGCCCCAAAUCUCCAGUUUGUUUGUAUAACUGCUUCCAACCCACUGCUUCUUAUGUUGCUGGGGCUCCUUCCACGGACCCCAGCUGUGCCCUCAAGUUGGUGAUUCUAGUUUGGGCUCAAUGAAGGAAGCAGGAAGGGGCAGCAACUGAAUGUCACUCUCCACUGCUGCAGCAGUAAAUCUCUCAGUAAAAGAAGACCCUCUCCCUCAGGGGACUGUCACCUCAGUCCUCGGUAGUUCUGUAAUUUAUUGAACAUUGGCCCUUGGGUAUAGCUUGACCCUUCCCAGAAUCUGUUUUGCCAUCUGCCAUUUGAGGGUGCUUGUUCUAAACAGCCUUUGAGGGUUUUACCCCCUGUGUCUCUUCCCUCCCCAUUGCCUAUUUGCACCCUAUGCAUGUGGUCAUAUGUAAGCUGGAUCAUCUCCACAGCUGUGACCAGAAAUCCUCACGAAGGGCACAUUUCUAGGUAGACCCAAAUGGAACUAAAUCAUGUCACAAGCUGAGAGAAUUACUGAGUUCCUCUCAGGACCCCUGAAGAAGCUAUAAGUCAGUACCAGUAGCUUCAGGGUCUGUCGUAGGAGCGAGGACAACUGUAAACACAGGGUCCGCUGAUCAAGUCCUUCUUGCUCAUUGCAGUUUGAUUUGCCAGCAGUCAUACUGAGACUAGCUUGAUCCUACACCUGUUAGACAGUGGCAGAGAUAGGCCCAAGCUAAGUGGAGGCCAGGCCAGGCUGAGGGUGGGGCCCUCUGGGACCUAGUCCUCUAAGCUGUCUUUGUUAGAUACUGCUGAGUGAAAGGUGGACCGAGAAGGCUCUUGUGAAGCUCCAGGUAGACGGGAAUGUUCCUCGGUUCAGGUGAGAGCCAGAUCUAGAGAGUCAGAACCCGGGGGUCUUGAGAUAGGAGGCAAAGCAGCUAUGGAAGGGCUUUUGCUGGUUAAUCAUUUCUGAGGUGAAAGACCUUCUUCUCAGGGGGCAGGCUCCACCAGGAAUGGAGGAUCAAUCGCUGUAAUAUUCUAGUGUUGAGUGUAGCUCUUGGGGUCUGAACUAUGGAGGCUUGGUUGGGGAAUGUGGAUGCCCUUAGAUCCUUUUCUGGGUGAUAAUAGGGAUGUGGGCCUUUUGUGUUUAAGGAGAGUUUCUAAUAGGGCUGUGCUGGUAGAGUGUGAAGGGCCAGAGUCACAGUAUGGCACCGAGGCAGAAGGGAAGAGCUGAGACUGGCCCUGCCCUGCUUCUCAGUCUGUUCCACAUCCUAAGGUCACACCCUGUCAGGACUUCUUCGUACUCACCUGUCCCUUCCUGCAGCUUCCUUGACAGACAGGUUCUUGGACCCAGGCACCAACAUUCCAAGGGACACCAGCCAACCUGGGUGAGGGCCCGACUCUGUAUGUCUUCCCUUCCCUGGGGGGGGGGGGGGGCGGGAAGAGAUGUCCGAAGCAUUCCCUUGCAACCCGAGCACAUCAGCGAACCCCACGAAAGUGGAAUUUUCUAACAAAAUAAACUUGCUCAUUUGGUCCGUUUUCUGUAACUUUUGCUAAACACUUUAUACAUUUUUAAUGUUGAAAAGCAGUGUCUCCUGCCAGAACUCCUCACCCAGGAUGAAUGUGUUUACUCCACGCUGUAUAUCUUUCCAUGCUCCGGCUGCCUGGACCAGUAAAUAAAAUGGAUGUAAUAUAAGUUGUAAGUAACGUUGUCAAAACUCUGAUCCCGAUGGAGGCUGCACGCCUCCCCCACCCCAUGAUAGCAUCUGUGUGUAUUAAUUCUGAAGAAUUAAAUGUUUAAAUUAGAGUUUAAAUGUUGACGGCGUUUGCUAUGUAUAAUUGCCCCUACACCGUUAUAAAGUGUUUUCAGGAA